UCAUGGGGCCAGAUUCAUUUCCGAACGCUUUAGGUAGUUUCCCCUAUAUAAACAACACUUUCUUACUCUCUCUUCUAGACUUUUUUUUUCUUUACUUCUGAUCAAUUGGAUUCAGUUUUCUGUUCCAGCCAUGGUCAACUUUAAACAAGCUCAGCUCUUGACAUUUCUUGUCUGCUUUUUCAUCCUACUUCCUUCACUAGUACGAGGAGAAUGCAAGUGUGAACCUGAAGAUGAAGAACGGAAUAAGCCUUUGGCGCUCAGAUACAAGAUGGCUGCUAUAGCUUCGAUUCUUGUUGCUGGAGCUAUUGGGGUUUGCUUUCCCAUGCUUGGGAAAACUAUCGAGGCUUUACGUCCUGAAAAGAAUGUUUUCUUCAUGAUCAAAGCCUUUGCAGCCGGUGUGAUAUUGUCGACAGGGUUUAUCCAUGUUCUUCCCGAUGCUACUGACAACUUGACAUCUCCUUGCCUCAAUGAAAACCCUUGGGGGAAGUUUCCUUUCGCUGGAUUGGUGGCGAUGGCCUCUGCGAUUGCUACAUUGAUGGUUGAUGCGUUUGCCACUUCUCAUUACACCAAGUCCCACUUCAAUAAGUCCCAACCAAGUGACCGUAUUGAUGAAGAGAAAACCGGGGAACAUGAACAUCACGUACAUGUUCAUACUCAUGCUACUCAUGGCCAUGCUCAUGGUUCGGUUUCUAUGCUUGAGCAUUCAGCUUCAACUGAACUUCUCCGACAUCGAGUAGUGUCUCAGGUUUUGGAGUUGGGAAUAGUGGUGCACUCGGUGAUAAUAGGGAUAUCUUUGGGUGCUUCGGAAAGUCCAAAGACUAUAAGGCCACUGGUGGCUGCACUCACCUUUCAUCAGUUUUUUGAGGGCAUGGGACUUGGUGGAUGCAUUUCACAGGCAAAAUUCAAGUUUCGAGCUGUUGCAAUAAUGGCGCUGUUUUUCUCUCUGACAACCCCAGUAGGAAUUGCUAUUGGAAUAGGAAUAUCGAAUACAUACAAUGAGAAUAGCCCAACUGCUCUUAUUGUUGAAGGGAUAUUCAACGCAGCAUCAGCUGGGAUCUUAAUAUAUAUGGCGCUCGUCGAUCUUCUUGCAGCUGAUUUCAUGAACCCAAAGUUGCAAAACAAUGGAAUACUUCAAGUGGGAGCCAGUGUUUCUCUUCUUCUUGGGGCUGCUCUGAUGUCUCUACUGGCUAUUUGGGCUUAAAUUUUUUUUUUUUUUUGACCUCUUUAGUUUUGCCUUGUGGAAGUUUAGAUUCCAUAUCAAGUCAUAUUCUCUCUUGGUCUCAAAUUAUU